ACAGUGACUGCUACUACGCAACGGCAAAAUAGCGGAGGUUAGAAGAGGGCCAAACGUAAACAUGGCGGCGGCGAUUGGCGGCGCACGAAGAGCCCUCGCAUGCCGUGGCAUCCCUUCUUCUCUGAUCUCCGUUGCCGCCACCUCGAGAGCUUUCCCAUCUUCUUCUCCUCCAACUCGGGCCUUCUCUCGGCUCUCGCGCCGCAAGCGUCCCUCGGGAAUCUCGAGGUCCGCGGUUGAGUUGGGUUGUGCACAGUCUUUGAUGCCUUUUCACAGCGUUACUGCCACGGCAUUGCUCACUUCUAUGCUCUCCGCAAGGCCUGGAGGCUGGACUUGGCUUUCAGAAGGAUUUGCAACGCCUCUAUGACAUCAGAGAUAAACUUGAAACAAAUGCUGUGCUGAGGAUUGCUGAGUUUGUUUCUUGAUCAAUGUGCUUACUAGAAGGCGUCAUUGCUCUAAACGAUGAUCUUGGUUCUUCUCUCUUCUAAAAUAAAUGUUACGUUGGAUUUCAAUUCUAGCAUACCAGAAAUAUCUCAACAAUUCCUUUCUGGUCUUGUGUUAUGAAAGUGUGUCGCAACCUCCUGGCAUAGUCAUUCUUAUAGUGGUUGAAACUUUUUAUCAUAUUCUCAGGAACAUCCAACUGCAGCUGUUUUCCUUUUUGUUAUCUGUUUCAUGUUUCAGUCACGUUUUUUAGAUGCGUGUUUUUAAUAUUUGGAUGCGCAAGGUUUCAUUCGGAUGCGCAAAUGUUAACACAACAUUGCUACUUGAGGUGCUGUCAUCUGGCCAAACAUUAUGAUGUUUGUAAGUUAGAUAAGCAAUCAAUUGCUAUUUUAUGAGUCUGUCAGCCAUCAAACCUUUAA